CUCCGCUCCGGGCGCCGGGGCUCUAGUGCUCCGCGGCGGUCCCCGGGGGAUGUGGAGAGCUGGCGGCAUGUCGGCGGAGCUGGGAAUCGGCCUCGCAUUGCGGGCAGUGAACGAGCGCGUGCAGCAGGCGGUGGCGCGGCGGCCGCAGGAUCUCCCCGCCAUCCAGCCCCGGCUAGUAGCAGUCAGCAAAACCAAACCUGCAGACAUGGUGAUUGAGGCCUACAGUCAUGGCCAGCGCACUUUUGGAGAAAACUACGUUCAGGAACUGCUAGAAAAAGCAUCAAAUCCUAAAAUUCUGUCUUCAUGUCCUGAGAUCAAAUGGCACUUCAUUGGUCACCUACAGAAACAAAAUGUCAACAAAUUGAUGGCUGUCCCCAAUCUCUUCAUGCUGGAAACUGUGGAUUCUGUGAAGCUAGCAGACAAAGUGAACAGUUCCUGGCAGAAAAGAGGUUCUCCUGAAAGGUUAAAGGUUAUGGUCCAGAUUAACACAAGUGGAGAGCAAAGUAAAUAUGGCCUUCCACCUUCAGAGACGGUAGCUGUGGUGGAACACAUAAAUGCCAAGUGCCCCAGCCUGGAAUUUGUGGGGCUGAUGACCAUAGGAAGCUUUGGGUAUGAUCUUAGUCAAGGACCAAAUCCAGACUUCCAGGUGUUAUUGUCUGUCCGGGAGGAGCUGUGUAAAAAGCUGAACGUGCCUGCUGACCAGGUGGAGCUGAGCAUGGGCAUGUCCGGGGACUUCCAGCAUGCAAUUGAAGUAGGAUCUACAAAUGUCCGAGUAGGAAGCACCAUUUUUGGAGAGCGGGAUUACUCAAAGAAACCUGCCCCAGACAAGUCCGCAGCAGACCUGAAGGCCCCAGUGGAGGUGGCACAGGAACACUGAGCUGAGGAGCAACCAAGAAGACUAACUGUGCACUAACCUAGAUUUCCAUUUUUAUAUUCCCUGUGUUACAGCAGUCAUGCUCUGACAUAGGAAGCUCGCUUCAAACAGUGGUUUUGGACUGAAUUUUAGAAAUCCAGACAUUGCUGCAGAACAGUUUUGAAAUCAAUAGCAAGGAAUUGAGUUUAAUAUUGAAUUCUGCCUGGGAGUACCAACAAACCAAUCCGUGAAUGCCUUUUCCGGGUUAAAAUUUGGUCACUGAUGUCAGAGAAAUUGCCAUUUUCAUCCCACUGUAAUAGGAAACUCCCUAUGGUUACUGGCAUCCUACAGACUCCUACUAAAUCAUCAGUCACCUUUCCUGCUCUGGAACAAGGUAAUUUCUGCCCCCAGCUUCUACCCUUGCCAGUGGAUAUGUGAAGAUAUUCUCUACUCUGGAAUGGCCAUAAGGUAACUUCAAGAAAUGGCUCAAUUCUUCAAACACAAAUUGUUGCUAAUUAGAGUUUGUGUCAGUGGCCACCCCGUCGUAUUGACACUGAAAUUAUAGGAGUAACAAAUAGGACUUGGGCCUUUCUGACAUCCUCCCGAAGAGACAGCUUUUUCCUCUGGGACCUACAGUGAUGAGAAUUUAAUGACAUGAUUUCUCUUCCACCAUGAUCCUCUUUAUGGUGUUUUUUUUUUUAUCAAAGUCCAGUGAAUCUCAUUACUCCUCAGAAACAGAAGAUUCCCUCAAAGCCAUGCUCAGGCACAUGUUUUCAGCAAGUCCUGGCUUUGACAUUCCUUUUCCUGAGGAGCACUUUGCAGGCUCAUUUAUAGCCUCCCACUAUAUUUAUAAGCCAGAAUUUUGCAGCUCUCCUUGGUGGUUAAUAAAGUAGCAAGAUCUUCAAAAGCCAGGAAGCACAAUUCUCCAAUAGUCAUGACUGAUGGCUUCGGUGUGGGUGAUUGUGUAUUUUCUAAAUGACUUUUUAUCUCAUUUAUUCAAGCCCCAGUCUUUAAUUUUAUGUAAUAACUUUCAGAACAUGAUGCUGCUGCUGAAUGUAAUUUUGUAAAACUUAAGCCAUUAUGAUUCCUGUACUGUUUCAAUCAAAGCUAUAGUGUGAUUUCGGAGUCUAUUAAAUAAAAAUGUGCAUUUGAAUUAUACCAUCUGUGCCAAUUACAAAACAAUUAAAAUAUUUAUUUUUUGUGA